AUGGCCGCAGAAAUGGCCGGCGUCAAACACGGAGGCGAUCCUGUCGCUGCCGGUCGUGGGGCGAAGAUCCGCGAGUCCAUGAAACAGUUGCUUCAAAGUAAAGCCGUGAAGGGCUCCGUGGCAACAAGCAGGAAUCUUCCAGAUACAUCGAAGGAUGCUAAGAAUGAUGCGGCGAAAAGCAACGAGGAGUUCUUCCGGCAGCUCGAACAGGAUUAUGGGCGCCUCUGCCGCGAUGAUGGAUGGGAUGAGGUCCUUCGGGCUGCCCGUGAAGAGCCCAGUGCUCCGCCGCUCCGACCCGAGGAUGCGAUUCCUGCCGGCUCUGACUACUUCCGGGUGAAGCUGCCGCCAGGCCAAGACCGUGAGCUACGUCUUGACCCGGCACGUACUGGAAACGCCAAAGCAUUUGUGGAAAGCCGUCCAAGACGGAAUCUCGAUGCUCUUCGGAAAGUCGAGCAGGAGACUCGAGAGGUGGGCGACGGUGCUUUGGUUUUUAAAGCGCUGGAUUUACAAAGCCAGCAGUUGGUCUCUGGCUGUGAGGUAUCUUUGCUUGCCGACUGGACGUAG